AUGGUUAUGAGAAAGACCAAGAAUUAUAAUCAGAAAUACAAGGUUUCCCACAUUUCUAGAGCAGUGACGGGGCCCUGCAUGGUUUAUGCAGUGAAGGGGCAAAGAGGCUUGCUAAAAGUGGUUUGCCUGAAAGGGUUUAUUCCUCUGGAUAUUUCUAUAGCAUCUGUCUACCUGAAGGCCAAGAUGAGCACGCCACCAACGCUCCUACAGCUGGCAAGAAGAAGUCUGCUAAAAGAUGAAGCCUUGGCCAUCUCUGCUCUGAAAGACCUGCCCAUGGAACUCUUCCCACCACUAUUCAAAGAUGCCUUCAGUGGAAAACAAACAAACAUCUUGAGGGCGAUGGUGGCAGCCUGGCCCUUCCCAUGCCUUCCUGUGGGAGCCCUGAUGAAGAGUCCCCACCUGGAGACAUGGAAGGCUGUGCUGGGUGGCCUGGAUUUGCUGAUUAACCAGAAGGAUCAGCCUAGUCGGAAACUAAAAGUGCUUGAUUUGCGGGAUGCCCAACAUAACUUCUGGAAUGUGUGGGCUGGAAUAGAGGAUGGUGUCUGCUCUCCAGAUGUCAUUACUGAGACCCAACCGGUAGUGCAUCCUCCCAUACGACAGGGGAAACAAGUCGUGACUGUGUUGAUGAACCUUUCUCUCAAAUCCAGCCGUCUUUGUAAAUACCUAAGGUAUUUCUAUUGGUGGGCCAAGCAGAGAAAAGAUGUGGUUCAGGUGAUCUGUCAAAAGCUGGAGUUUUGGGCCCUGCCUGUCUAUAACCCCCUAGAGCUGCUGGAGGUAUUUGAGCCAAGCUCUAUACAGGAAUUGGAAGUGAAUGAAUGCUGGGACCUGGGAACCCUUGCAAUGAUAGCCCCUGGCCUGGGCCAGAUGACAGACCCAAAACUCGUUAUCAAUGAAAUAUACACACCUUUGGAGUGGCUUGGGAACCAAGAGAUGAAAGAAUGGUGUUUUACAGAGAUCAUUUCCCAGUUCUCCCAACUCAACAUGCUCCAGCAUCUCUAUUUGAAUGAUGUCUUCUUCCUGAAUGAACGACUUGACCAAGUGCUCAGGUGCUUGAAGAAUCCCUUAGAGACCCUUGCAAUCACUAGCUGCAUGCUAUCAGAAUCAGACAUGAGUUAUCUGUCCCAGUGUCCAAGCAUCCGUCAGCUCAAACAUCUGGACCUGAGUGGUGUCACCUUUAAUUUAAGUCAUUCACUUCUACGAAGACUGCUGGAAAGACUGACAGCUCCACUGCAGACUUUAGAACUGAAGGGCUGUAUGUUGAUGGACUUCCAAAUCAGUGUCCUCCUGCCUGCCCUGAGCCAGUGCUCCCAGCUCACUGAAGUCAAUUUGAUGAAGAACUUCCUGUCUGUGUGCAGCCGUAAGAAGCUGCUGCAGCACACUGCCAACCUGACACAUCUGACCCGGGAGAUGUACCCUGCCCCCAGUGAGGUCUAUGAUGACAAUGGUGAUGUCAUGCCGGACAGAUUUGCCCAACAUUGUUCUGAGCUUAUGGAAACACUCUGUGCUAUAAGACAGCCGAAAGAGAUCUACUUUGAUAUUGACUCCAAAAAGCCAGUCACAAUGGGAGACCGAGCCCCACCAACACUCCAGCAGCUUGCAAUAGAAGGGCUACUGAGGGAGGAGGCCUUGACCAUUUCUGCUCUGGAAGUGAUGCCCUGGAUGCUGUUCCCAGCAAUGUUUGAGGUGGCCUUCAAGAAGAGACAGACAAACGUGCUGAGAGCCAUGGUCCCUAUAUGGCCAUUCCUAUACCUUCCUGUAGGAGCCCUGAUAAAGACCCCCCACCUGGAAACUUUGCAGGCUCUGCUUGGUGGACUAGAUGCCUUUAUAACACAGAUGGCUUGCCCCAGAAAGGGGAAAGUCAGAGUGCUGGAUUUGACAACUACAGACACUCACUUCUGGAGCAUAUGGGCUGGAACCUAUGAAGGAGACUGCUCUCAACAGGUCGUGAGACUUGAGCAGCCCAUGGAGACAUGCCAUGACUCGGGGAUGAAGAACAAUUUGAAGGUGGUAACUGACCUCCAACUUGUGGACAAUGACACCAAAGAAUAUGCCACUCAUAUGGUGCAGUGGUCCCAGCAGAGAAAAGGUUCCAUUCAUCUAUGCUGUCUGAAGCUUCAGAUUUGGGAAUCAUGCAUCUCCAACGUCAUAGAGAUCUUAAAAUCUGUAGAUCUCCACUGUAUGCGGGAGCUGCACCUGCGUGAUUUGUGGAUAGACGACAUGGCUGCUUUUGGACCUUACCUGGGGCAAAUGAGAAACCUUCACACUCUAGUCAUAGAGGGCAUCACCAAUACCUUCAGGAUGGAUGAAUCCCAAGGGCUGGAAGAGGAGUGGAUAAGCACAUUGCUCUCUCAGUUCCCCAAAUUCCAUGGCCUUCAGCAUCUCUAUAUAAAUGAUAUCUACCUUCUAGUUGGCUGCAUGAGAGAGUGGCUCAGUAUUUUCUAG